CAAAAGCUAAAGUUAAGAGGCUGGGCACAUAGCACAGUGGUGGAGAUCGGGCAGGUCUUGGAGAACCUUGAGUGCUGCCAGGAAUUUUUAGGAGAGAUUGAAACAGUUACCUUGGCUGAGGAGUCCUGUAAAUGUAACGGCUGGAAGAACCCCAACCCCUCUCCCACCCCUCCUAGAGCCGACCUCCCGCAAAUAAUCGUCAGUCUGUCGGAACCCUGCCGGAGCUGUAGCCAUGCCCUGGCCGCUCACGUGUCCCACCUGGAGAAUGUGUCAGAGGAAGAAAUGAACAGACUGCUGGGCAUUGUGUUGGAUGUGGAAUAUCUCUUCACCUGCGUCCACAAAGAAGAAGAUGCAGAUACCAAGCAAGUCUAUUUCUAUCUGUUCAAGCUUUUGAGAAAGUCUAUUCUACAAAGAGGAAAGCCUGUGAUUGAAGGCUCCUUGGAGAAGAAACCCCCAUUUGAAAAACCUAGUAUUGAACAGGGUGUGAAUAACUUUGUCCAGUACAAAUUCAGUCACCUCCCAGCAAAAGAGAGGCAGUCAACAGCUGAGCUGGCGAAAAUGUUCCUGAACCGCAUCAACUACUGGCACCUGGAGGCCCCCUCACAGAGGAGGCUGCGCUCUCCACAUGAGGACAUCUCUGGAUACAAAGAGAACUACACCAGGUGGCUGUGUUACUGCAAUGUACCACAGUUCUGUGACAGCCUGCCUCGGUACGAGACCACCAAGGUGUUCGGGAGAACGUUGCUUCGUUCUGUCUUCACCAUCAUGAGACGACAACUCCUCGAGCAAGCCAGACAGGAAAAAGACAAGUUGCCCCUUGAGAAACGCACUCUGAUCCUCACACAUUUCCCGAAGUUUUUGUCCAUGUUGGAAGAAGAAGUAUAUAGUCAAAACUCGCCGAUCUGGGAUCCGGAUUUUCUCUCGGCUUCUAGAACCAGCCAGCUAGGAAUCCAAACAGUGAUCAAUCCUCCUCCUGUGGCUCGGCCGCUGUCAUACAAUCCAAAUUCUUCCCUGGAGCUGGCCAAUGUAGGGAGUCCUGCCUGCAAAGCCUCCUCUGGGCUGGAAGCAAACCCAGGAGACAAGAGGAAGAUAAAUGAACCCCAUGCUCCAGAGGAGGCCAAGAAGCCCCGAGUGACCGGGGACAUUCCUAUGGAAUUGAUCAACGAGGUCAUGUCCACCAUCACGGACCCUGCAGCAAUGCUUGGACCAGAGACCAAUUUUCUGUCAGCACAUUCAGCCAGAGACGAGGCAGCACGGCUGGAGGAGCGCAGGGGCGUCAUUGAGUUCCACGUGGUCGGCAAUUCUCUGAACCAGAAACCAAACAAGAGGCUCCUGAUGUGGCUGGUGGGCCUGCAGAACGUGUUCUCCCACCAGCUGCCCCGGAUGCCGAAAGAGUACAUCACCCGGCUCGUGUUUGACCCGAAACACAAAACUCUUGCUUUAAUUAAAGAUGGCCGUGUCAUUGGUGGGAUCUGUUUCCGGAUGUUUCCAUCGCAGGGAUUCACAGAGAUCGUUUUCUGUGCCGUAACCUCAAAUGAACAAGUCAAGGGCUAUGGAACACACCUAAUGAAUCAUCUGAAAGAAUAUCACAUCAAGCACAACAUCCUGAAUUUCCUCACCUAUGCGGAUGAGUAUGCCAUUGGGUACUUCAAGAAGCAGGGUUUCUCCAAAGAAAUUAAAAUACCCAAAACCAAAUAUGUUGGCUACAUCAAGGAUUAUGAAGGAGCGACCUUAAUGGGAUGUGAGCUAAACCCUCGGAUUCCCUACACGGAGUUCUCCGUCAUCAUUAAGAAGCAGAAGGAGAUAAUUAAAAAACUGAUAGAAAGAAGACAAGCCCAGAUUCGAAAAGUGUACCCUGGGCUUUCGUGUUUCAGAGAUGGAGUUCGACAGAUUCCUCUAGAAAGCAUUCCUGGAAUUAGAGAGACGGGCUGGAAGCCGAGUGGAAAAGACAAAAGUAAAGACCCCAGAGACCCCGAGCAGCUCUACAACACCCUCAAGAGCAUCCUGCAGCAGGUGAAGAGUCAUCAAAGCGCUUGGCCCUUCAUGGAACCCGUGAAGAGAACAGAAGCUCCGGGGUACUAUGAAGUUAUAAGGUUCCCCAUGGAUCUGAAAACCAUGAGUGAACGCCUCAAGAAUAGGUACUACGUGUCUAAGAAGUUAUUCAUGGCAGACUUACAGCGAGUGUUCACUAACUGUAAGGAGUUCAAUCCCCCGGAGAGCGAGUACUACAGAUGCGCCAGCAUCCUGGAGAAGUUCUUCUUCAGCAAAAUUAAGGAAGCCGGGUUAAUUGACAAAUGAUUUCUACUCCCUCUGCUCCUUAGAAGUUCAUGAGCAGUGUGCCUCAAACCAGGUGGUUUAGUGUUUUUGUUUGCUAAAGAAUUGGACAUAAUUUGUUGAAGAGACUUGUAAUAAUUAGCACUUUUGAAAAACAAACAAGCAAAACCUCCUUUUAGCUUUUCAUAUAUGUAUUUAAAUGGAAGUCAUUGAAUAUUUUUUAUUUUGUGGAAUAGAUUUUAACCAGGUUACUACUAUCAUGUAAAUUUUCUCUGGCAUGUCCAGUAGCUGACUAUUGCACCGUGGAUGAUCAGGGGCUUCCUCAAAACCUGUACGGGAGGAAAUUGCACACAGUACCAAGAUUUGGGAGGAAAUCUAGAUAAAUUUCAGACCAUGAAUGUUUCCAUUUUUUGUGAGUGGAAUGUGAGAGUUUUAUUUUAUUCUGAAGGAUUUUAAGGAAGGAAUACAUGAUAGGCCUGUACAAGGUGAGACGUGAUGUUUGAAGUCUCGAUGUAGACUUUAUAUAAAUACAUAUAUAUUUUUAAAACACUCAUCUGGAUGAGGUGCUUUGAGCAGUUCUGAAAAAUGCAGUUUCCACAGCAGCAACUGCUUUGUCUCCUAAGGGUUUCCAAACAGUGCAGACUUUUAUGAGCAUCUGAGGUUUUGAUAAUUCCGUCUACCUACCACAGACUCGUGAGGGCACAACCACUGUUUUAAUAAUCCUUGACAGAAAUGUGUCGAUCUCGUAUUAGACUUCUCUUCUGCUGGCCGUAAGUUCCAAAAGAUCAUCUCCUGGGCUGCAAAGGUGUCACCUUGAAAGCAUCUGAUAUCCAGUCAACACUCUUUAAUGGAAUAAGACACUUGAUCUGAAUGUGUGACUCUGGGGAUCUAGUAAAUAGGAAUUCGUCUUCGUUUUCUAACACACAGAACCCCAUCAACAGUGUUGCCUAUGCACAUUGCCCAUUUGCACCCGCAGAUUAUGUUUGUCUGAGGUGAAUUCAAUUCUCACCGAAGUUUGCGGUCAGUAUUUUAACACCUGAAUUGCUUUAUCAGUCCAGGGUUAUAUCCCAUCGAAGUCCACCAUACAGUCUUAUUAACUAAUCUGUCUUGGGAUACCAGCUUAGUGCUUGGAUUUAUUUCCUGAUUACACUACAUGGAAAAGUGGGACAUCUGUCACCCCAACUCUGGGAAAAACCAACUAAUAUUACAACCAUUUAAAUGAAGGCCACCUUGACGGUCUUGACACUAAUUUUUAUGAUGCAAAUUUAUAAACUGAUUUUUUUUUGUAAAGGCUGAGGUUUUAAAAAUGUAUUUAACGUAUGUUUUAUAUUAGCAUAAUUUACAAUGGGUCACUAAUAGAUAUUAAAAACAGCUGCCAGAGAUAAUCUGCGCGAAGAAAAACAUCCUGCCCACGGCUGUUGUGUUCAGUCUAAUUCGCUCAGAACGCUCGUGUUGAAGGUGCCUCAACCCUGAAGUGUAAGGAAGACCCUGAGCGGUGCACAGAUUUCCAGUGAAGAACGGUCAUGCAGUUUGCUGUAAGCGUCUUGGACUGGCUUUACAGGAGCUGUGUACUGGAUUUUACUGAAGUGUCUGUCCAGCUUGGUAUCCUGUGAAGGUUUGUUAUAUCCUGGGUAGACAUUCUUAUAGAGUACUGUCUUUAAAAUCAGAUCGUCUCUUCUAUAUUGAAAGCAUUUUGAUGUUUUCUAAUUUAAAAAUUAAUAUUUUCUUAUAGCUAUUGUGCAAUAAAGCUGAAGUAGAAGGUGUGGUCUUUGCAAAUGCUUUAACAGCCCACAAAAUUUUACAUUUGUAAAAUUAAUAUAUUGUACUGGUACAGAAUAGUUUUAAAUUAUAUUUUGAAAAACUCA